AUGCAGGCGAAAGAGCCGCGCAACCCGGCGAUGCUCUGCGGCCGCGGCGCGGCGGCUCUCGAGCUCGGCCGUAAGGACGAGGCGGCGGCGGAUUUCAGGAAGGCUUUGGCCCUCAACCCGAAGGACUCCUUUGCCAGGUGGGCCUUGAAUAGCAUCGGAGCAGACCCUGGAUUAGUCCAAGAUGGAAGCGCCCAGAGAAGGCCGGCGGAUGCAUCGCGAUCAGCGCGACCACAGACGCAGCCGAGUGCCGGAAGAAACACAGCAAAGCCUGUGACUUAUGGAGUUGUUGCUAGCCCAAUUUCCCCCGACUGCGUGGACUCGGAUUCGGAUGAUGGCUCACCGCCUCACCAUGUGGAUCAGGAGGCCCCUGUCCCAACACUCAGGAACACCCCAGAGACGCCUUCCGCAGAGCUAACCCUGGCUCUGAGCGUCUCGAAACCAAAAGCCCCACCACAGCCGCCGCCCAGGGACGCCUCCUCAGCCAAAGAAGCAGAGCUCGUGCCCAUGACCCCGCCACCACCAAAAGCCAUGCAAUCUUUGGAUGGCCCAGCCAUUGCGGCCAUUGUGACGUCCCAGGCGGUUCCUUCAGCUCCACCGGUUCCGGUGGCGACACCCGAAACUCCGCCCACAACCCCCACACUAAUCCAGGACAGACCAGCCGUUCCAGCCAAAAUGCCAGUCCAGGCAGUUCCUCCAGAGACGCCAGAGGUGCGAACGCCCGAAACGCCCGCAGCAACCCCUGCAUCAACCAAUGCACAUGCGGAUGCCCCCGAAUCCCCGAAAUUGUCGCAUCAGGAGGUGGCCGCCCGCUUUGUCUCCGCCUUUUCGGAGCCCGCAGAAUGGCCAGAUUAUUUGCCGGACUCGAUGAAAGUGCCACAGUCCGAAGCUCCAGCCCUCCCCGAGCAAGCAGUGGAGACGCUGCAGAAAGCCGUGCCCAGAGCAAAGAAGCGACCCGCGGAACCUGUGCCGCCUGUACCGCCCGUGCCACCUGCGCCGAAGCAGCCGACUGCAGGUGCCGAACACUCGUCUUGGGUCUGUCAGAACGUUGAGGCUGAGGCCAAGGACGAGGCAAAGGCCAAGGUCGCCGAGGCAGCAGGGCUCGUGCCACCCUUUGGGUUUUUUGCUGCCCACUCUGCAGCCGAGGCCAAAAGCAAUCCUCAAGCCAAAGGAAAGGCCAAAGCCAAGGCGAAAGAAGGGCCGACAGCCAAGGAGGCGGCCAAGGCCAAAGCUAAGGCCAAGGCCAAGGCUGAUGCCAAAGCCAAGGGCAAAGCUAAGGCCAAGGCUAAGGCCAAAGCCGCCGCGGCCGUACAUGAGGACCGCAGCGAACAACUUUCGACCGUUUUCUUACUUGUGUAUUUUCUUGUUUGUUAUUAG